UAGGUUCUCAGUUUGCGAAUGGUUUCCAGCAGGUUCUAAACUGAUGUGUUAUCGACGUUAGUUCAGUGCGAGAUUAGUUCGAAAUAGAACGAAGGAUACCGAAUUAUUUCAAUAAAAAUGGGAGAGAAAAGAUUGGCAAAACCUCAGCUUCGUGAUCUUCAUCUCUCGAGAGUCAGGAAGAAUAUGGGAAUAAUGUUAACUGUUAGCGCACUUGGUGGUUUAGCCUUCAAGCUUUUGGUUUCUGAUGUGUAUGAAAGGAAGUUUGAAGAAUUCUACAAGACUUAUGAUGCAGAAGCGUCAUUGAAAAAGAUGAAUGAAGCUGGACUCAUGGAUUCAUAUAAAGGCUAAUUAUCAUUACACUCCAAAUGAAAUAGUGGUAUUACGAUCAUUCUGUUUAAGGAAUUAUGUACAUGUUUACUAAAUAAAUAUGUAUUAUAGAAGGUACCUCAAAUAUGUAAAUAAAGUUCUUAUAAUUUAACUUAUA